AUCUCAGCAGAUCAGUGCCGACCUUUCCCAACCCUCCAACCGCACCCCUCACAAACCCCACCCCACCCCCUCGGCAGAGCAGGCGGGCAAUCAGCUCCUCGUCCUCCUCCUCUUCCUUAGAUUUGCUCUGAUGCGACGGCGGCGACGCUGUGCCGCUCGCUUUGGUGCGAUCGCUGCGCUGGGCUGGUUGUUUGCUGCAGUCGUCGUCCUGCUGCUCGCUGUGGGCUGCCGCGCCGCAUCGCCGGAUGGCUCUGUGAUCAAUAAGCAGCAGUCUGCAGACGCACAGGCCGCCGUGGACCGCGUUGCUCGGACGUCGGUCGGACUCGAGCUCGCUUUGACAGUUCUUGAUGACGCGACCAAGUCGCAGCCCAGCAAUGGUGCUGAUCAUGCGUCACGCAAUGCAAGUGUACAAGACAAGAUCAAUCCAGAGACGACGGCUCCGCUGGCGGGCUCGUUGAAUCGGACGACGGACGAGCCAUUGGCAUCGAACGAGCUCAGCCUCGCCGACGUACAAGCUGCAAGCGACGCGGAUGUCUUGACUCGCUUGCUCCCACGGCUGCGAAAAACAAACUUGACUGUCGAGAUGCUCGAGCACGUGAGGCCUCCGCCGGUGAAUGUGACGGGACUGUUUAAGGGACAGUGGCAAAUGCCCCUCUUGGCAUCCUCCCGACAGGUGCUGGGGUUUGCAGGGUACUCGGGCGCGAUGCUGUUUCAUUUGCACACGUACGCCACUUCCACGCCUGACAUGCACGUUGUGAUUGGCUCCGCACGCUUGCGAGAUGGCAUGUAUCUCACCGACGCUGGCGCGCGGUACUCGCUCUUUGGUGUGCAUCUCCCACACCACCAGCUGCUCGUCGCGCUGCUCGGCUCGCCAGAGUUCAUGUUCACGUUGGAUGACGUUGUGGAGCUGAAAAGCAUGAUUGUGUCGGCUCUGCUGAUGCUAUCCUUGCCCGAAUCUGAGACUGGAGCAUCUCCGCUUGUGGCGUCGUUUCCUCGGCUCGAGCGGCACGUCCACCGUGCCAUGCUGGAGAUUGUUGCGCAAGCUCGAGCUGCGAGCAUCAUCCGCGAGCCUGCUACGGCCACGUCUCCGCCGUCUGUGAGCGAUGAGCCAGAUUCCAAGAAGGCUGCCACGGAGAGUGCGGCAUGCACCUUCCGUGCCUAUUUCGCCUUGACGGCCAACGAGACAAACUUUUCCGUUGGGCCCACUGAUUCGCUGCUGCCAAUGGCCAGCCCGAAUCUCGAGGCAUCAAGCCGUCCAUCCAAGCAAAUGUCUGGCGGGCUUGUAAAAGCGGGCAGUGCAGCGCUGGAUUCGGAUAACAAUGGCGUACUUGAUGAGGAGCAACCUCGACGCGCUGGCAGCCGGCGCCUCGCUCAAGCAGCAGACAAUGACGGCGACGACAAGUUCCGGACGGAGGUCUUGGUGAAAGACGACAUCAUCAAGGACAACGACCUGGCUCGCUUGGAGCUCACGCACGAUUUGGACGACCUGAAUGCUCCAUUCAUUCGAUUGGAAGGGCAUUUGGUUGCGCGGGCGCCAUUUCAACGGCGUGUUAUUGACGCGGUCGCCGAGACCAUCCACGUUCAGUUCUAUCUCGACCAAGCCACCAACUACCUUACCGUGCUCGUGCUUCUCACCUUGCUGGAGAUUUACUUUAUCACGCAGCAAAUCAAGCGGUCGCACACUCCUUCAGCAGCUGCCAAAGUGUCGCUGCUGACCAUCGGCGCCCAAACCAUCAUGGACAAUUACAUGAUUCUGGCCUAUUUGACGGUCGGCGCGCUCUUUCGACAACUGUUGCCAGUGCUUGGAGUCGCCGCCCUUGUCAAAUUCAUCGUAUUCUCGUUGUUUGAGACCCGCUAUUUAAUUCUGCUCUGGCGCUCGCGACGCGAGCUCGAUCCGAACGCCGACAAUUCGAUCGAAACAAUUCGAAGAGAGGUGUCCAUGUUUUACACGCGCAUGUAUCUGGCAUUGCUGAUUGGCAUAUUUGUGGGCUAUUCUUGGUUGAGCCACAUCAAGCUCCUCCUUUUCGUGGCCUUCUCGUUCUGGGUGCCUCAAAUUGCGCACAACUCUGUUCGCGGCACGAACGGCGGCCUGAAUCACAAGUACACGAUUGGCAUCUCAUGCACUCGGCUCAUCGCACCUUUGUAUUUUUUUGCCUGCCCGUUUAACGUGGUAAACGCUCCUGAUGUUCCUUACGCUGCCAUGCUCGUUGGCUGGGUGGCUCUUCAAGUGGUCGUGCUCUUGCUUCAAGACAUGCUCGGAUCGCGGUUUUUCAUUCCUGCCCUGUUUCUACCCAAAGAGUAUGACUACUACCGAAAAGUUGUCUUCACGUCUCUCACGGGGUACGAUCCCGAAACGGCUCGCACCGAUUGCGUGGUCUGCAUGAACGAAAUUCCCUACACGCGCCGUGGCUACAUGAUUACUCCGUGUUCGCACAUCUUCCAUACCGACUGUUUGCAACGGUGGAUGGACGUCAAAAUGCAAUGUCCCACUUGCCGUCAGCAUCUUGUGCCGGACACGUCUCGAGCCGCUGCGUGGGACGAUUGACGUUCACGACUUUUUUUUCGCUAUGCACACUCGUUCUAACUUAUUCCCUCGUUGAAUUAUCAAAUCCAUCUGAUCAUUUGACCCAUGCUGUUUUUUUGGUUGAUUUUGUGAGACUCUACGUGGCCACGAUAAACGAUUUUUUA